AUGUCCUCCAUCCGCUUCCUGUGCCAUUUCUGCCGCGGGCCCCUGAAGCUGACUAGUUCCGUGGAGGCCUUGGGCCUUGACCUCAGCCAAGAACUUGCAGCUUCGAAAUUCCCCUCAGCUCAGGGGGAGCCAGGAGCAGCUCCGGAGGAAGGCUCUGCCUCCAGGAUGCAGACAGACCUUGAAGAGCUGCAGGAGAGUGCCUCUGGCUGGACCAUCCUUAGUGAGGAUGAGAUUUCGAGGUCGGGUUCCAGCAACUUCACCCUGCUCGGGGAGCUGGGCCCUGUGGGGACUCUCAGCAGCAUCCAGAGAGCCACGAGGGGUGUUUUUGACAUCCUCACCGGUGAAGAGCUGGACCACCCCCUGUGUGAGGACUGUACCGACAGUCUCCUGGAGCAGCUGGACGCCCAGCUCAGCAUCUCGGAGUCUGACAUUCAGAACUACCAACGCUGUUUGGAGACCAGGGAUGGAGUAAGUGAGGACGCAAGGGAGGCACUGGAGGAGGAGCUGCAGGCCGUGGAGCUGGAGGAAGCGAGGCUGGUCCAGGAGCUGGAGGAGCUGGAGAAGAACCGAGACAGGGCCCGUGUGGCUCUGGAGGCAGCCCGGGCAGAGACGGAGACGCGGGAGCAGCAGGAAAGGCAGUCCCACAGGGACCUCAGUGAGCUGCAGUGGCAACAACUGGAACUGCAGGACGAGCUGCGCAGCGUGGAGGCCCGGCUGCUGUACGCCCAGACCCAGCUCACCUGGCUGAAGAAAACCAACGCCUUCCAGGCCGCGUUUGAGAUCUGCUGUGACGGCCCCCUGGCCACCAUCAAUGGCUGCAGGUUGGGCUGCACCCCCAGGGUCCCCGUGAGCUGGGGCGAGAUCAACGCAGCCUGGGGGCACGCGGCCUUGCUGCUCCAGGCCCUGGCUCGCACAGCGGGUCUGCAGUUUCAGAGGUACCGGCUCAGCCCCUGCGGAGAGCGCUCCUGUCUGAGGUCCUUAACAGACGCCCCCGCGGCGCUGCCCUUGUUCUGCACCUGCGGGCAGAGCCCUCUGCUGGACAGCAAGUUUGACGAGGCGAUGGUGGCCUUCCUGGACUGCCUGCAGCAGUUCAAGGAGGCAGCGGAGAAGGGAGAGCCGGCCCUCUGCAUGCCCUACACCAUCCACGCUGGGGGCGGCCUGGUGGGAGGCCCGGAAGCCGGUGAGUUCUACUCCAUCAGGACCCGCCUGAACACGGAGGAGCGGUGGACCAAGGCUCUCAAGUUCAUGCUUACAAAUUUCAAGUGCAGUCUCGCCUGGGUCUCCUCAAGGUAUCGUCACAAAUAA